AUGGAGUCCUGCCCUCGGGACUCGCCGGUCGACAACAAAUCAUCUGUACAGACAAUUGGUGAAGAACAAAUACAGAAUCCUUACACGGAACUCCUUGUGUUGAAAGGUCAUCAAGAUAUAGUACGAUUUCUAGUGCAAGUGGAUGAUUGCAGGUUUGCAUCUGCAGGAGAUGAUGGAAUUGUAUUUCUGUGGAAUGCUCAGACUGGAGAAAAACUUUUUGAACUUCAUGGACAUACACACAAAAUUACAGCUAUAGCACCAUUUUCUUCAUCUUCAGAAGCACCUGAUGAAAAAAAACAUUUAAUUUUAACAGCAUCAGCUGACAGAACAGUUAUUGUUUGGGACUGCACUAGUGGCAGACAGGUUCAGAAAGUGUCAUGUUUCCAUUCGACUGUGAAGUGUUUGACAGUUCUUCAAAGACUGGAUGUAUGGUUGUCUGGAGGGAAUGAUCUAUGUGUUUGGAACCGAAAAUUAGAUCUCUUGUGUAAGACCAGUCAUCUUACUGAUGCAGGUAUCAGUGCUUUGGUUGAAUUGCCUAAAAAUUGUGUUGCGGCAGCUGUUGGCAAAGAGCUAAUAAUUUUUAGGUUGAUUGCUUCUAAUGAUGGGUCUGAAGGUUGGGAUGUCCUUGAAGUAAAACGCCUUGUUGACCAUCAGGAUAACAUUUUGUCCUUAGUCAGUGUCAACGACUUGACUUUUGUGACAGGUUCGCAUGUGGGUGAAUUAAUAGUUUGGGAUGCACUUGACUGGACAAAGCAGGCAUCUGAGUGCAACUUCUGGGACUCCUCUGUUCAUCCAGAUGCACAACCGGAAAUAAAGUUAACCCAAAGCCCAAAUGAAACUUCAGUUCAACACUUAGCAUCUGGUGAGGAGUGUGUGUUUGCUGCUGUUGGGAAAGGCAUAUACGUAUAUAAUCUUCAAAUGAAGCGUGUGAUUGCCUGCCAGAGAACUGCUCACGAUUCCUCUGUACUGCACAUUGAGAAGCUUCCAAACAGGCAGCUGAUCUCCUGUUCUGAAGACGGCAGCGUGCGCAUUUGGGAGCUCCGAGAAAAGCAGCAGCUGCCAGCUGAACCGGUUCCAACAGGGUUUUUCAGCAUGUGGGGAUUUGGAAGGGCAAACAAGCAGGCAAACCAAGCUACUAAGAAGAUGCAGGAGAAUACACCUAUGUAUUUCUUGGAGCUGGUUGGUGAUUUGAUUGGUCAUUCAUCAGCUGUGCAGAUGUUCCUGUACUUCGGUGAACUGGGACUGGCUACCUGCUCUGCUGACCACCUUAUUAUUUUGUGGAAGGAUGGUGAACGAGAAUCUAGACUCCGCAGUUUAACACUGUUUCAAAAAUUGGCACAAAAUGGUGAUUUGCAGCUCAAAUUUUAA